AUGUAUCUAAAGAUAUUAUUAUUGAAAAAAUGCGAAACGAACGUGAGUGAUUUGCGACUAGAAGUAAGUACUUCUUUGUCACCUCCAGAGUUCAGAAUCAUGUUCAGAUUAUUAACCAUUUUGAUAAUCGGAAAAGCAUUUUUCACGGUUCAAACAGUUAAGCUUGAUCACAAACACGUUUUAUGCCCAGAAAUCACGCAUAUUGAAAGUGAUCACUGCCCAUGGGAGUGGGCUAUUGGAUGUGCUUGGUCAUCGUUUAUCGCAACUGCAAAGUUGGAUUUCAUCCCCAGUCAUACUCUCCUCCGUAUUGACGAUCGUUCUAUUGGAUUGAAUUUAGAACCGACGCAUUACAUUGAAAAGAUCCAUUUUGCUGUGUGUAUUCAGCCAUUGUAUUGGUACAUAGAUUGGCUUCAGCUCUUCGAGUUCAUCGAAAUAUGGACAAGUCAAGGUGUUACUCAUUUCUUUUUUUAUAUUUACAGUGUCUCACAAGUUGUUAUGGAUUUGUUGCAGUAUUAUAGUGAUAUAAGAGUCGAUAGAAGACAUUUCAGACUGGCACACAGUCUUGCAAAUAAUGAUUGCUUGUUGCGCACCCAAGGUGCCGAUUUUGUUGCUUUUGUUGAUUUGGAUGAAUAUAUUCUUACUUCAAGCAAAAUACCGCUUAUUGAGUACAUUAAAAAAAAAUCGGCCAUGUGCCCCAAGUGUGGUAGUUUUGCAAUUCUGCACAGAAGAAUGUAUUAUUCAUCACCUCGACCGCAAAAUAACUUUGAAUUACGAGAUGUGAACUUCAACUGGCUGAAUGGUAUCAAAUUCGGUCAAGCUGAAGUAGACGGACCUCAUAAACAAAUAGUACGUCCAAAAACAGUUUCGGUCAUAUCUACUCAUGCCGUCAGAGAAAACCAACCUGGCUAUGUCGAUCUCAAUCAAUCAGAGAUCUUCUUGCUGCACGCAUCUUAUAGAUGGUCUAAAAGAAUGUUUCCACAAACCUAUGCAAAAUUGAAUUUAUUUGGCGAAAUCGUGCCGAUUCUAAAGGAAAAAUUUUAUGAAGUUGCCAAGUACAUUUACAAAAGUAAUCACAGUACAACGAUCGACACUGUCUUACAAGUGAAAGUUGCUACUUGCAUACGUCGGUAA